GGUUGCUAGCGCAAUAAAUUUCCAGGAGGGGAACUCGUCACAUAAUGUGUGGAUCGCUGUCUUCGUCUAGCGCGCCACAGGCUCUGUCCUCAGCUUCUGUACAUCAACGGUAUCUGUCACAGAGUUGUCCUGCGUGCCCACCUUCCUGCACAGUUGACAGAAUCAUGGUGGCCUUCAAAGGGAUCUGGACCAAAGACUUCUGGCGAGCAGUAUCCGCAGAGUUCUUGGCCACGCUGAUUUUUGUGCUCCUUAGCGUCGGCUCGACCAUCAACUGGGCUGCGGAGAAAGAGAACCAGCCUCCGGCCGACCUGGUGCUGAUCUCGCUCUGCUUCGGCCUCAGCAUCGCCACCAUGGUCCAGUGCUUCGGCCACAUCAGCGGGGGGCACAUCAACCCGGCCGUCACGGCGGCCAUGGUGGCCACCAGGAAGCUGAGCCUGGCCAAGGCCGUGUUCUACGUGGCGGCACAGUGCUUGGGAGCUACAGCAGGGGCAGGAAUCCUCUACCUGGUCACUCCCAGCACUGUUAGAGGCAGCCUGGGAGUAACCUCGGUAAAUCCCAACCUAUCAGCGGGGCAUGCUCUUGUUGUGGAACUCUUCAUCACGUUUGAGCUGGUCUUCACUGUCUUUGCUACAUGCGACUUAAAACGGAACGACUUGAAAGGUUCAGCUGGCCUAGCCAUAGGACUUGCCGUAUGCAUUGGCCAUCUUUUUGCAAUUCCCUACACUGGUGCCAGCAUGAACCCUGCACGCUCCUUUGGGCCUGUAUUAGUAACUUGGAACUGGGAAAAUCACUGGGUGUACUGGGUGGGUCCACUCCUUGGUGGGAUUCUGGCUGCGGCUCUAUACGAGUAUCUGUUCUGCCCAGACCCUGCGAUGAAGAAACGUCUCAGUGAAAUGUUUAUCAAAGACCCCUCUGGGAAAUACAAGGAAGUGGAGUGUCCUCGUGGCCAGUAUAACGGUGAGCCUGACGACCUGGUCAUCAAACCCGGCUCGUUCCUCAGCACCGUGGACAAGAAGGAGAAGGAGGCGACGUUGCGAGAGUCCCCCGGGGAGGUGCUGUCCUCCGUAUGACUACCACGUGCACUGGAGAUGGAGACCAACCUGUAAGGCAGCAGGGCUGCCAGUUACCUGUGGCCAGGCCCUAGUUACCAUCUACACAUGAAAAAACAAACAAACAAACAAACUUUUGUGAUCUCAGGGAGCUUGUUUCUCUCUGGGUUCUCACCCUGUGUUUUAAUGCAGAAGACACCUUUUGUUACCCCUGCAGAAUUUAAGAAUUCUGCCCGCUCUAUUGAUUUAUUACUUGGCAUAUUUGUGCUGCAAAUUGGACACUUUCGUUUUCUAAAUUAACUCUUUCUGCAUGAUACAACAAUGAACCAUAAAUUGACAGUGACAAACCAUGAAAGGAUUCUCAUGCCAAAAAAGGAAAUUUUACAACAAAACAUGUAAAACCAUCACAUUCCAUUAAGCCGCAUAUGUCAUCAAACUUGGUGGAAAGUUUCGACCUAUUGCCUUGUUAAUCUUGGAUUAGUGUCUGGUUUCAUACAUCACAUGUCAUGACAUCAUGUUCAUUAAGCAAAUUACAAACCCCAUGGUAUGAUGGACAGUGAUAGGGUAUGCGGCCGGUCAGAAGUAGGUUGGAAGUUUCUUGACCAUCUGAGCCAGUGUGUUUACACAUUGACUUGCUCCAUUUGCAGUGCACAAAUUUGGGACUGUCUUGUUAUCCAACUGUAUCAUUAUCUUCCUCAGCAACUCCCAUAGCAACUCCCAUUGCCUUACAUUGUAGAAUACAUGGUGGUGGUGGUGGUGGUGGUUAUUAUAGGUCUUAAGAUGAAUAUGUAUAGAAAAGAUAGAUAGUGUGAAUGAAGUUAAACCCUCUAUACUGUAUUUUUCAGUGUGUGAUGCAAAGUAUGUUGCUAUAAAUGUAUGUGUAUUUUUUUAUUAUAAUUUAUGUGAUGACAUAAGCUGUGACAAACUCAACCUCAUUGAUCUUUGAACUUAACAAAUUGCUUAUUUUUUCAAUGCAUGGAUUGCAGCAC